AUGAAGCCCGCAGUAACAGACUCUCGGACUAAUUCAAUUCGGACAUGGUCACCUUUGCGAAAAGUGCCUCCAAGGACGGAAGAUUGGGAACUCACAUUCUCAAUCGUGAAGGCAAAAUCCAUUGGGCACGGCGGCUCGGGAACAGUGUUCGCAAUCGAUCAGUCCAAAGUCAUAAAGAUCUUCUCGGAAGAUACUUACGGCAAAAUGGACCUGAAACGAGAAAAGGAAAUUUUCGAAAUCCUUCAGAGUAGAGAGACUUCUAAGCUAGUAGUUACUUUCAAGUACCAGUGGACAUCUGGUCUGGUCCUAGAACGGCUUGAGUCAACUUUACGCCAGCGACUUGCAGGAAUUUUACCACCUUCUCAACCACCUCUGGCACUACAAUGGGUACAGGAGUGCAGUGCGGCUGUCAAGUUCAUCCAUAGCCACGAUGUAAUCCAUGGAGAUCUAGGAUGCCAGAACUUUUUAGUCGAUUCAAAUGGGCACAUCAAACUUUGCGACUUUGCUGGAUCAAAAUUGCGUGGCCUAGAUGCUUGGAUCUCAUAUGAGGUCCGCAGCCAACAUCCGACAUAUUCUGGUCAGCAGCCCACUAUUAAGACCGAAAUAUUUGCUCUUGGUUCGGUCUUUUUCGAGAUAUACACCAGUCGACCCCCCUUCCCUUUAGCAUCGAGCUUAAUAGUUCGUCAGAAGUUUUUGGCGGGCGAGUUCCCCAUCCAAGAAGUUUCUGACCCGGAUGUACGGCAUAUUAUUCAAUCUUGUUGGGCUGGAGAGUAUGAAAGUGUUUCUGAUGUCUGCUCUGCACUUGAACACAUGAGGGAAUUUCUCUAG